CACAAAUCGAAGGACCGCGCACCCGAUUGGUUCAACACCCGUCACAUGGUUAACACAGUGGUAACCAGAAUAGCUGCUACUGUGGUAAAAACAUACGCUGUCCUCUUAAUACUGAUCAAGGAUGGCCCGCUACGUUUUAAAACGAUCUGCCUAUAUGGUUCCCCAAAACCAUAGCGAAUAUUUGUUUACUUUACCACAAUUUCAGAUUAGAAAAUUACACAAAAAAGUUAAGAGAAGUGUACCCUUUAUACCUGCACGAAGCCAAAUAAAAUCAAAUACAAGCGCUAUAGCAUCUCGAGGAUUUUUAAGACCUUUAAAGGAGUAUGAUCCUCCUUUAGAUAUCCGUAGUACUAUUGAAAAAAUAGCAAGUAGAUAUUUAAAUGAAACAAAAUUAACAUACAAAUUGGAACCAAAUGAAAAACUUCAUAUUUUAAAGAAAUGUGAAGAAAUAAUAGACCACAGAGUACCUAAUUCACUUUUACAUUCUAUCAAUACUUUAGGUGAAAUUUAUGAGUUUUAUGAAACACCAGUAAAUACUGUUGUUCCUUAUGACGCAUUACAGAGGCAAGAAUUACCACCAAAUCUUCAUAUACUCUCAAAUUACCAUAGAUUCCAUCCUGAAACUGACAUGAUGUUUGAUAGUAUUUCAGCAUUCCCACAAAGUUCAAAUCUAGUAACUGGAUUGAAAACUAGAAAGAAAUAUAAAGGAUUUACUGCAUCACAAUCGCCAUAUGCCUACCAUGAUUAAUAAUUUGUUAUUAUUAUUAUGAAUUGUUGAGGUUAUGAUAUGAUGACAUACAUAGUAAUUUAUUGUUUAAAUAUAUUAGUUGUUCUUAAAAUAUAUUAUAAUUUAUUCAUUUAA